AUGACGACUUCGUCUCAGUCGUUGUUUCGUCGGCUUACGCCGUACUUCUCGGCCCGGAUUCGACAGAACUACCGGCUUCUCAGCUCAGCGCCGGCAUCGUCCUCGGCCCUCCGCGAACCUCAACCAACACCUUCCUCAUCGGAGUCUCAUUCUCUCGAUGUCGUUCAUUUGACCGACAGUUGCGUUCGGAGGAUGAAAGAGUUGCAAGCCAGUGAGGCUAAUGGAAAGUUACUGCGCUUGAGCAUUGAAGCUGGCGGAUGCUCUGGGUUCCAGUAUAACUUCUUACUUGACGAUAAGACCAAUGAUGAAGACAGAAUUUUUGAGCGGGAUGGAGUUAAAUUGGUGGUUGAUAAUAUUUCAUACGACUUUGUGAAAGGCGCAACUAUUGAUUAUGUAGAGGAGUUGAUCCGAUCUGCUUUUCAGGUGUCCGCAAAUCCAAGUGCUGUGGGUGGCUGCAGCUGUAAAAGCUCCUUUAUGGACAUAUCUGUAUAUGUUUCUUUUACUUUGUAUAGACUCUCUUUUGAGUUUCGAGGAAAUUGUCUGAGCAUACGAGUCAUAUAUAUGGAAGCUAUACCAUACCGACCUGACCCGUCAUCUCAACCCCUCACUUUUCAUAUGCGGAACCCAAUCCUGAUUCUGUCCUGUCGAUUCUCUUCUGUUUCGAUUGCUUCAUUGCUUUUUCAGAACUAUGCUUCAAAUCCGUCUGAUCUUGAUUCUCUAACAAUGGCAGCUCUGAUUCGAGGGCAAUUUUACACUACUCUAUGUCUUGUUUUGAGAUUUGGUUUCAAGUUCAGGGUUUAA